AUGGCGAUCUCGCGAUCGGCCGUGACGGGAGGGGUGUCAUCUAAAGCAUUUCAGCUCCGUGCUUGGAUUCAAGGCCGUGAAGUGCUAAUGCUCGUCGACUCUGGCAGUACAACUUCAUUCAUCAACAAAAGCUUUGCAGAGGGUAUGGCAGGCAUCCAGCCCUUGUCAAAGGCACACAAGGUGCGUGUGGCUGACGGAGGAGAGCUCAUCUGCUCUGCCAGUGUGCCCAAUUGCACGUGGUGCUCACAAGGGCAUCAGUUCAACACCGAUCUGAAGGUGCUGGACCUAGGCGUCUAUGACGUCAUUCGAGGCAUGGAUUGGCUCAAGGAGCACAGUCCAAUGACAGUCGACUUGCGUGCCAAGCUCAUCGCUAUUCCAUCGCCAAGUGGUGUCAUCAACCUCCGCGGCCACGACAACUCGUCGUCCACUUGUGUCGUCAUCAACGCGUUGCAACUUCAGAGCUUGUGCAGCAAGGGGGCCAUCACUCACAUGGCCCUGAUACAUGAGAUUGCGCCAGAAGGGGACACUAGUUCACCACCUCCAGCCUGCAUACAUCAAGUUCUGAAUGAGUUUGAUGACGUUUUUAAGGAGCCAGUGGGUCUACCCCGCGGCGUGCGUGUGAUCAUCGCAUUCCGCUAA